AUGCCGCAGGGGCCAUGUGGAUCGGGCCCCCUGGGUGGGAUGGAGUGGCACAGGGAGGUGGGUGAGGAGGAGGAGGGGGAGGCGGUGUGGAUCACCCCCCAGCUGCUGAAGGCCAGCACUGGGGAGUUCACCCUGGAGUCCAUCCUGCUGCCGAAGCUGCGGGGCUGCGCCAUCGCCCACCUGGGCUGCCUUGGUGACUGUGCCAACCUGGAGUGGCUGGACCUCUCCAGCAACGCCAUCUCCCAGCUGGGCCCGCUGGCCACCCUCAAGUCCCUCACCGUCCUCAACCUCUCACACAACCGCGUUGCCAGCUUGGAGCCCCUUGGUUCCUGCCACAACCUCCAGAGCCUCAACCUUGCCGGGAACCAGCUGGGCAGCCUGCAGCAGCUGCGCUGCCUGAUGGGGCUGUGGUGCCUGGAGAGCCUGUGCCUGCACGACCCGCUCACCCGCCUCAACAACCCGCUCUGCACCGCUCCUGCUUACUGCGCCGCCUUGGCCAACAUGUUCCCUGGCCUCAAAACCAUCGAUGGCGAGAGGGUAUCCGGUUGUGGCAGCGAGCUCUACCAGCUCUGCUGGGAUCUCGACAGCUCGUUGGGGUGCAGUGGUGGUGGUGGUGCUGGUACUGAGCCGCCCCGCGCAGCUCAGCCCUGGGUGGAGGCGGGUUUUUGA